AGCUCCGAGUGGAAGACGCGAAAGCGCUCGCCGGCGACCGCCAUCCAAAAUGUCGGCUACGUGUAUGUUCCCCAUGUGUGUGCGAGCGAGCCGGGGCCUCCUCAGGCUUCGGAGCCGGGUGGCGGGCACCUCGUCGCCCGCCACGGCGGUCGUACGCGCGCUGUCUACGGGCAAACCGCCGGCCGGGCACGACGGUGCGACGGGUGGUCUGGCCCAGGCGAUUCUCCAGGAGCGGCUUCAACAGCAGAGUCAGGGCCAGCCUCCUCCCGUUGAGGGCGUCGAAGCCGCCGGCGGCGGCGAGCAGGCGGCCGGAGACAAGAAGCAGAAGGAGAACACCGCCUACGCCAAGAAAAUGGUGCUGAGGUUGGCGGGCCUGAUGGGCUUGGGCGGCGCCGUCAGCAUCAUCUACGUUUUUGGGACCAAUUCAGUGGACGAACAAGGCAAUCGGAUUCCAGAUGAAUUUGACAAAGAGCCUCCGCUGGUCCAGCAGCUGAAGAGAACCGUCAAGUACUUCCAGGACUACAGACAGAUGAUCAUCGAGCCCACCAGCCCCAAAUUGCUGCCGGACCCCGUGAAGGAGCCGUACUACCAACCGCCGUACACGCUGGUGCUGGAGCUCACCGACGUGCUGCUGCACCCGGAGUGGUCGCUGGCAACCGGCUGGCGCUUCAAGAAACGUCCCGGCAUCGACUACCUGUUCCAACAGCUGGCGCCGCUCUACGAGAUCAUCAUCUUCACCGCCGAGACCGGCAUGACGGCGUACCCUCUGAUUGACGGCAUCGACCCGCAGGGUUUUGUCCUCUAUCGCCUCUUCAGAGACGCCACGCGCUACAUGGACGGACAUCAUGUCAAGGACGUGUCGUGCCUGAACCGCGACGGCAGCAAGGUGAUCGUGGUGGACUGCAAGCGCGAAGCCUUCCGCCUGCAGCCGUUCAACGGGAUGGCGCUCAAGAAGUGGGACGGCAACUCGGACGACCGCACGCUCUACGACCUCGCCGGCUUCCUCAAGACCAUCGCGCUGAGCGGCGUGGACGACGUGCGCUCGGUGCUGGAGAACUACGCCGCCGAGGACGACCCCAUCGAGGCCUUCAAGCGCAGGCAGGCGCAGCUGGCGCAGGAGGAGGAGCAGCGCGUGGGUGAGCGGUCGCAGCAGAAGAAAUCGGGCCUAUCUCUGGGCUCCAUCGCGUCGCGCUUUUGGCGUUCCAAGCAGCAGUGAGCCAGCCGGCGGCCGGGCGGCCCAGACGCCUUGACGGACCCCCGAUCAAAACGCUCGCCGCUUUCUUGGGGCGACCGCAGCUUUGGCUGGCCCCUCCCCCUCCAGGGAAUGGAGCGACUCAUUGGAUUGGGAGGCUGGGGGGGGCGAAACCGGCCACCCCUUCGGAUCUGACCGGGCCUCUGCCAAAUCGUCAGUAAAGACAAACGAC